GAACUGGUGGCGAGAGUGGCAUUUGGACUUGGUUUCUUUCUCUCACCUGUGGCUGCACUCACAUCUAGCAAAUUUGUUUCUCCAAGUUUCUCUUUUAAACACCAUAUUCAUUUCCCAACAGCCAUUGAGAUUUUCAAUCUACUAUCUAUUCGGACCUUCUCACAACGGCCAGGAUGAUUCCCAUCCGGACUCGGGGCGGUGCGUCUCCGAGAUCCAGCAGGCAAGCAGUCUCCGAGGCUCCACCCUCUCGGGUCGUGCCGAAGCCGGUCCCUGAGCGUGAAAUCAAAGACGCACGGGGUUACCAACUCGAGCAGCUGAGACGCCGCUAUUCUCCCAAAGAGACUGCCCUUGCCAAUGGGGCGGUUUCCCUGCUCUUCAACCUAACCCCGUCUGACCCUGACUUCCCCUUUGAUCUCGAUCACCUAGAGUGUGAUCUCCACAUUCCAGCGGCUUACCCAAAGAAGGCUCCCCAGCUUCACGUCAAGAACAAUGGUAUCCCCCGAGGCUUUGCCAUCAACAUCGAGAAGGGUUGGGACAGGUUGGUUGAGGAGAAGCGAGGCGCCAGUCUGCUUGCCUUAACCAAAGCGCUCGACAGAAAUCUCGAAUCGCUGCUGUCAGAGCAAAAGGCCGAGACGGUUAAGUUGACGAUAUUCAAGGACACGCGCCAUUUGGAAGCUCAACCGGUUGCGGAAUCAGCGAAGGAGCCUGUCAAGCCGCUGGCCCAGCCACCCGUGGUGCGUCGGCCGUAUGUUCCCGAGGAGUCUUAUUCAAGAGAUCAGAUUGCCGAGGCAAAGGCACGGCGCGCUCAGGAAGUGAGGCAGCUCGAGGCUCGCAUGAGCCGCCUACCAGGCUAUCAAAAAUCUAGCGACGGCGUCAUAUACACGCUUCCACUGGAACCGAAGGGGAGGGCGAGUCUGCCCGUCGGCCUACAACCGGUUCAAUCCAUCCAGCUUAUUAUUCCCCUGCUUUAUCCCUUGCAAUCACUGAAGAUUAUCCUGAACGACGUCGAGUCGGAUGAAGCCGAACCCAUUGAGGAACACUUCUCGCAGAAGGCCGCCGAACAGAAGCAGAUGUCCUUGACGAGCCACUUAAACUAUCUUGCACAGAACCUGCAUAGCCUAGCGAAGGAGGCCCAGAAACCUACCGCAAAGACCCCGCCAGCCGUUGAGACAGCAGCCGGCUUGGACCACGAAGCAAAGGGGGCCGAGCACUCGUCAAUGCUGGACGAUGGGAAAGGCCAUAUCCAUGUCAUCCCCAGGCCGCCAGAAUGGAGCUAUUAUGGUGCCAAUGGCUCCGACUCGUCUGAGGAAGACUCAUACGAUGAAGACGAUGAGGGUGGAGGCGCAACGAUUGAGGAAGAGCACAGGGAUGGCCCGGGCCUGCCCACGCAGACAGCAGAACGUGGUACCGCAAUGUCGUUUCCUUCCAUCGAGCUGCACGGGAUCGAGCUUCUCCAAGUCUCGAUUCUCAACCUUAGCGUCAAGUGCAACCGCUGCAAAACACCAAACGAAGUCACCGGGCUGAGAGACAACCUCGAAAAGCUAAGUAGCUGCAAGAAAUGCGCAACCUCCUUCGCGGUCCGCUUUCGCCAGGAGCUCAUCCACCAAAGUUCGACCCGCGCAGGCUUCAUCGACGCAAGCGGCUGCACCAUGGCAGACCUCCUGCCAAGCACCUUCAUACCAACCUGCUCGAACUGCUCCACCCCAUCCGCGACUGGCUUCCUUUCGGUCCGCGGCGAAGCAACAACAAACGUUUGCCGCUCCUGCCACGCCCGCUUCACCUUCUCCCUCCCCGACGUGAAGUUUCUAGCUUACGCUCCCGGCGGCGGCGCCCUGCCACCGACCUCGAGCCCGCGCCGGAAGCAGGAGAGGCUGGGCCUGCACGUGGGCGAGCCGCUACCGAAUCGCGGCGCGUGCGCCCACUACAGGCGGAGCUACCGCUGGUUUCGAUUCUCGUGCUGCGCGCGGGUGUACCCAUGCGAUCGGUGCCAUGACGAGGCCGAGGCACAUGUCAAUGAGUGGGCGAACAGGAUGGUGUGUGGGUGGUGUAGUCGGGAGCAGAGGUAUAAUGUGGAGAGUUGUGCGUUCUGCGGGAGGAGCGUCAUUGGGAAGAAGGGGAAAGGGUACUGGGAGGGCGGCAAAGGGACGAGGGAUCAGAGGCUGAUGCGGAGGAAUGAUAAGAGGAAGUACAGGCGGUUGGGACCGGCUAAGAAGGACGAUUGAUGGAGGACAGGGGUUGAGGGAGCCGAGAAGAUCGGCAGAAAACCGGCCUCAACCUUUCCAGUUACCUACCACUCCGAAAAGAAACUUGCGAGCAGACUUACAAGUCGGCCCCCUUCGAGUGCCCCAAAAACCUUUUGUGCGGUUCUUGAUGGGGUGCCGAUCCCGUAACCGCGUUUGCGGAUAGGGAGUCAACAAGCGGUCACUCGGCGACUCUACCAGCGGCUUUUACCUGUCUUUGCAUGGCCGACAGGAGUUGUGGAA